AUGGCAUCCAUCUACAUCGACGAGGAUGUCGGCAGAGACGAGUCGCCCGCGACCGGAUCCGAGUCCGCUCCCUACAAGACCCUCCUCCACGCUUUCCUGCAGCACCCCCCCGCCGACGGCACUCAAUACCUGACGCGCAAGUCGCAAACGGAACCCGCCGAGGAGGGCGCCGACAAGUUGGAGUGGAAGCCCGCGACUAAGUCGGCCAUGAAGCGGACCACCAACGCCUACGAGCAGCGCAAGAAGAAGGCGGCCAAGGAACAGGAGCUGGCGAUCCGUGAGAAGCAGGAGGCCGACAAGCGCCAACAGGUGCUCGAGGAGGCGAAGAAGGUCAUCAUCAAGGAGGACACCUCCCUCCCCAAGCCCGUCAAGAUCCGUCUGGACGAGACCGACCCGGCCGUUGUCAAGCUGGGAUCGCCCGAGGCCGGCCAGGGCACCCGCGUGCGCGCCGUGGGUCGCGUGCACCGUCUGCGGUCCCAGAAGGGCGUCACCUUCCUGACCCUCACCGACGGCUACGGCUACCUGCAGUGCAUCCUGAGCGGCGAUCUGACCAAGACCUACGACGCCAUGACCCUCACGCUCGAGACCUCCAUGGCCAUUAACGGCGAGAUGCGCGCCGUGCCCCCCAAGCAGCACGCCCCCAACGACCGCGAGCUCCACGCCGACUUCUACACCGUCAUCGGCCGCGCUGCCGGCGACAAGGACGCCAUCACCAACCGCGUCUCGGCGGAAGCCGACCCGCAGACCCUCUACGACAACCGCCACCUCGUCCUCCGCGGCGAGACCGUCUCGGCCGUCAUGAAGGUGCGCGCGGGCGUCCUCCGCGCCUUCCGCAAGACCUUCGAGGAGACGCGCAUGCUGGAGGUGACCCCGCCGGCCAUGGUGCAGACGCAGGUCGAGGGCGGCAGCACGCUGUUCGGCUUCGACUACUACGGCGAGAAGGCCUACCUGACGCAGUCGUCCCAGCUCUACCUGGAGACGUGCCUGCCAUCGCUGGGCGAUGUGUUCUGCGUGUGCCCCUCGUUCCGCGCCGAGAAGUCGCUCACCCGCCGCCACCUGUCCGAGUACACGCACAUCGAGGCCGAGCUCGACUUCAUCACCUUCACCGACCUGCUCGACCACCUCGAGGCCGUCAUCUGCCGCGUCAUCGAACUCACCCUCGAGGACCCGGCCACGGCCACCCACAUCAAGCAGCUCAACCCGGACUUCCAGGCCCCCAGCCGCCCCUUCCGCCGCAUGAAGUACUCCGACGCCAUCCAGUGGCUGCGCGAGCACGACAUCCCCAACGAAGAGGGCAAGCCCCACGAGUUCGGCGACGACAUCGCCGAGGCCGCCGAGCGCAAGAUGACCGACAUCAUCAACCAGCCCAUCUUCCUGACCCACUUCCCCGCCGAGAUCAAGGCCUUCUACAUGAAGAAGGACGUCGAGGACCGCCGCGUCACCGAAAGCGUCGACGUCCUCAUGCCCGGCGUCGGCGAGAUCGUCGGCGGCAGCAUGAGAAUGGACGACUGGGACGAGCUGAUGGCCGCUUACAAGCACGAGGGCAUGGAUCCUUCCCCUUACUACUGGUACACUGACCAGCGCAAGUAUGGUACCUCCCCCCACGGUGGAUAUGGGCUGGGCCUGGAGCGUUUCCUGGCUUGGCUGUGCAACAGAUACACCGUGAGAGAUUGCAGCUUGUAUCCUCGUUACACGGGCCGUUGCACGCCUUGA